AUCCGCUUUUGCCAUACCUACUGUGGGAGCGAAUAUCAACUUUCCAUAAUGAGAAAUCCUCGUCAUAUCCCGCAAAACAUCGUCCUCCUCCAGACGGCUAGAAAACUGCGCCAGAGCGUUCUCGGGAAACAACAGGAUGCUUCUGACAAUUUUAUGGAUUUUCGUCGCUGUACAUGUAGCUGUCAGAUGCCAGCAAAUCAUAGAUAUUGGACCCAUAUAUGAUGAUGAAGAUACCGACGAGAAUCUGACACUUAAAUGUCAUAAACGAACUUAUACCUACAAGGUGUCCCAGACCGACGAAAAUGGAAAGGAAUGUUGGGACAUACUGAGCGUAAUGGCCUGUUGGGGACGUUGUGACUCAAACGAGAUAGCAGAUUUUCGUUUUCCAUUCAAAAAAUCGAAUCAUCCAGUCUGCGUCCAUUACGGUCGAAACAAAGCCUUCGUUAUUCUGCGAAACUGCGAAGAGGGCGCUCUGCCAUCUGCAGCCAGGUACGAGUACUAUGAGGCGGCUGAUUGCAAAUGUCAACUAUGUUCAUCUUUGGACACGAGUUGCGAAGGGCUGCGGUACAGGUCGCAGCGAUCUCAGCCACUCUCUGGCGGAUUCAAAAGAAUUUUCCAGAAUGUUAUGUAAUCUACCAAAGUGAAUGUAAAACAUAUUAUUAAUUUACUGUAUAUUUAAAAACGAUUUUUUAAAAUUUGUUUACGAUUAAACUCUUCGAAAUUGUAGUACUUUGAAACACAUUUUUGAUCAGAAAUAUAUAUUACA